GUGGCCUGGGUCUGGAUGGUGGUGGCCGCGGCGGCGGUGGCCUCGUCGUGGGCGCUGCGGCGGUUCGUGUGGAGGCCGCGUGCCAUGGCGAGGAUGUUCCGCGCGCAGGGCGUGCGCGGGCAGGAGUACCGGUUCCUGCUGGGCAACAUGGUCGAGAUGAAGCGUCUCAUGGCAGAGGCCGCCGGGCUGGUGCUGGACGCCGGCUGCCACGACUACGGCGCCAUGGUGCAGCCCUACUACCGCAAAUGGAUGGGCCUCUACGGGCGGACGUUCGUGUCAUGGUUCGGGGAGAAGCCGGCGCUGUUCAUGGGCGACGUGAGCAUGGUGAAGCAGGUCUACUCCGACCGGACGGGGCUGUUCCCCAAGGAGUCCUGGAGCGACAACUUCACGCGAGGCCUCGGCAAGGGGAUGUUGCUCAUCGACGGCGACGAGUGGAAGCGCCACCGGAAGGUCAUCAACCCAGUCUUCAGCAUUGACAUGCUCAAGACGUUGGCUGUCACCGUCUCAGACUGUGUUGGGCCGAUGCUGUUGGACUGGGAAGCAGAGUUAGAGAAGGGCAAUGGCCAAGUGGAGAUUGAGAUUAGCCACCACUUCGAUGAGGUUGCAACCGAUGUGAUCUCGCAUGUGGUGUUUGGGAGAAGCCACAGAGAGGCCAAGGAAGCAUACCUUGUGCAGAAGAAUCUCCAGUCUUUGAUCUUCUCAAGUGUAUUCAACGACCUUUUGAGCCAUAUCCCAGGACUACGGAACCUUCCAACCAAAAGCAACCUGAAGAUGUGGAAGCUCGAGAAAGAGGUGAAGAGCAUCCUCAUCAACAUCAUCGAAAGUCGCCUCGCCACCAAGGAUAUCACAGGCUACGGGGAAGACAUGCUUGGGGUAAUGCUGGAGACAUGCACACCGGAUCAGGUGCAAAACCCGCUCAUGAGCAUGGAAGAGAUCAUGGAAGAGUGCAAAACCUUCUACAUCGCCGGGCACGAGACCACCUCACUCCUGCUCACCUGGGCCGUGUUCCUGCUGAGCACACACCAGGAGUGGCAAGAGAAGCUCAGGGAGGAGGUGGAAAGAGAGUGUGGCAAGGAAAUUCCCACUAGCCAUGUGCUUAGCAAGCUCAAGUUGGUCAACAUGUUCAUCUUGGAAACACUCAGGUUAUAUUCCCCCGCCAUGAUCAUCCAGAGGAAAGCUGGCUCAGAUCUCGAGCUCGGUGGCAUCAAGGUGACGAAAGACACGAUCUUGACGACCCAGAUCAAUACGAUACACACCGACAAAGAUCUAUGGGGUGAUGAUGUCUACGAAUUCAAGCCUAUGAGGUUUGAGAAUGGGGUGGUGAGGGCCGCCAAGCACCCCAAUGCGUUCAUGGCCUUCUCCAUUGGGCCGAGGGCUUGCAUCGGGCAGAACUUUACGAUGAUCCAGGCCAAGGUCGUGUUGGCGAUUAUACUGCAGAGGUUCUCGUUCUCUCUAUCUCCAAAGUACGUCCAUGCACCCAAGGAUUUGUUCACGUUAAAGCCCAGAACCGGGAUGCAUGUGGUUCUCAAGACCAUAUAG